GCUUCCUCCCUUGCCGCUUACACGCGUACUCGCCGCAUGAAACCCAUCUGCGGACACAAAAUUAUACAUCUCCUUCUUCGUCAUUGUGUAUAUAUAUAUAGAUAUCUGGCAAGAGGUAGAGGGAGGUGUAGUCAGUUCAUCAUCGCGCACGCUGCUUCUACAUCUGGAUGGGGAAGGAAAAGGAGGAUUCGGGGAUCGAGAAGCUUCCGGAGGGCUGCAUCGCCCACGCCAUCGCCCACACGUCGCCCCUCGACGCCUGCCGCUCCUCCGCCGUCUCCACCACCUUCCGCGCCGCCGCCGAUUCCGACCUUGUCUGGCACCGGUUCCUCCCCGCCGACACCCUCUCCAUCCUCUCGAGCGCCCUCCGUCCCUUCGAGUACUCCUCCAAGCGCGACCUCUUCUUCCGACUCUGCGACUCGAUCCUCAUCGACGGCGGCAAGAUGAGUAUGUGGCUGGAGAGAUCGACCGGUGCCAAGUGCUACAUGAUCUCUGCCCGGGAACUCUCGAUCGUGUGGGGCGACACGCCUCAAUACUGGCAGUGGAUCUCUUUGCCCGACUCCAGAUUCUCAGAGGUGGCCGAGCUGAUGAACGUAUGCUGGAUGGAGAUUCGUGGCUGCAUCCAAAGCAAGAUGCUGACCCCCCAAACAACCUACGCUGCAUAUCUCAUCUUCAAGCUUGCCGACUGGUCCCGCGGCCUCGAUAUACCCCCUCAAGAAGCCUCUGUCACGGUCGGCCUCCGCUCAUCCACCACCCUCGUCCGCUUGCAGCCUCGCAGAGACACCGUGCGGGCGCGGAGAAAUCGAAUUCGAUUCGGACUCUUGAUGCCAGUGGAGGCUCCAGCUGUGCACACUUUGAAUAAUGGUGACGAGGCAGAGGAGGUGGGUGAGAGAGAUCCUCCGCCGCCGACACCGCCAUUGGCGAGGGAUAAUGGGUGGAUGGAAGUGGCACUAGGGGAGUUUUACAACGAGAAGGGGGAAGAUGGGGAAGUCGUCAUAAGCUUCACGGAGAUCAAGGGUGGACAUUGGAAGAAGGGUCUCAUCGUCCAGGGAAUUGAGAUCAGGCCCAAGCACAGGAAGUAGCAGUAGUUAUGCUUAGCUAUGUUUCAAAGAGAUUGUAAACAAUACCUUUGUUUGUGGAUACCUCUUUCUUAAGUCAGGUGAACAUGAAAAGGGGAAAAGAUACUGAUAAAUAUUUCAUUAAAUUUGAGGGUUGAGGGUUGAUGUUGCA